AUGAAGAGAAAUGGCUCUCAGUUCACCAGUGACAUUGACGUGUCGCCAGAGUACAAGGGGUGUUCAGUGCAUCCCCUCUCCCCUCCCUCCUCCAUCUCUUCCCUCCGAGAGUCCCUCCUCUUCCGCCGGCAACCACCGCCGUCGCCACCGCCUCCGACGCCCUCUCCCGCCUCAGCAGACCGAGCCCGUUCUCAAUCCUUCCUCCACGUGGCGGAGUCCGAGGCGUUGAGAUCGGCUGAGGAGCUCGACCGACGGAUUGAGACAAUGGAGGCAGGGGGCCGCUUGGGCGCGCGGUCAACAUAUUGCACGUGGCACAUUGUGUGCUCUGUGUCACUGCUCCACGGGUUCGCCAGGACUAUCGGACGGCGGGUACAUGCGCGGCCUUGAUGCACGGCGGUUCGGAUAGUUGUAGGAGAAGGGGCAGUUGUGGUUGGGAAGACCAACCUGGAUGAGUUUGGGAUGGGGAGCACCACAGAGGGCUCAGGGUUUCAGGUCACUGCAAAUCCCUGGGACGUAUCGCGGGUUCCAGGAGGAUCGUCGGGAGGCUCAGCUGCGGCUGUCUCUGCCAGGCAAUGCCUGGUAUCUCUGGGAACCGAUACUGGGGGAAGCAUAAGACAGCCGGCAUCGUUCUGUGGUGUUGUCGGGGUGAAACCGACCUAUGGACGCGUCUCUCGGUUUGGGCUCAUGGCAUAUGCAUCAUCUUUGGAUGUCAUAGGUUGCUUUGGUUCCUCGGUCAUUGAUGCUGCAAUUCUUCUAAGUGCAAUUUCUGGCCACGACGGGCUAGACGCGACAAGCAGCAAAAAAGUGGUUCCAGACUAUACUGAUGGUUUGAUUUCACUAAACUGCAUGGAAUCUAAACCUCUAGAGGGAAUGAGGGUGGGGCUGAUUCAAGAAACAGUUGGAGAAGGCGUUGAUUGUGGAGUAGCGCAGUCAAUCCAAGCUGCUGCUUCACACUUGGAUCAUCUUGGAGCUAGGGUAACCGAGGUAUCCAUGCCUUCAUUUUCUCUUGGUUUGCCUGCCUACUAUAUUUUAGCUGCUUCUGAGGCCUCUUCUAAUUUAUCACGCUAUGACGGAGUAAGGUAUGGAAACCAAAUUGCAGCUGAUGAAUUAAAUUCUCUCUAUGGAGAUUCUCGAUCCAAUGGAUUUGGUGCUGAGGUCAAGAUGAGAAUUUUGAUGGGAACAUAUGCAUUGUCUGCUGGCUAUUAUGAUGCAUAUUACAAGCGGGCUCAGCAGGUGAGAACACUGGUUCAGAAAAGUUUCAAGGAUGCAUUGGAUGAAAAUGACAUCCUUAUUUCUCCUGCAGCACCUUCGGCAGCCUAUAAGAUUGGAGAGAAGACCAAUGAUCCAUUGGCUAUGUAUGCAGGCGAUAUCAUGACUGUUAAUGUUAACCUUGCUGGGCUUCCUGCUUUAGUAGUGCCAUGUGGGUUUGUUGAAGGUGGACCUGCCGGACUCCCUGUUGGUCUUCAGAUGAUUGGUUCUGCCUUCAGCGAGGAAAAGCUGCUGAGAGUAGGUCAUAUUUUUGAGCAGACGCUCCAAAACUACAGAUUUGUGCCACCUUUACUUGCUGAAAAUUAGGAAUCAUGCUUCAUUUUCCAUGGGAAGAAAACCGUAAACAUUCAAUGGAGUAGUCAGCAUUUUCUGGCUAUGAGAUUGAAUAGAUGGUUCUCUGUCCCUUUUCACUGUUAUUUACGGGUGGGACUUUGGAUUAUGUAAGAACAAUCCCAUUGAUCCUUCGGACUGCCGAUGUUUGAAAUUUUUUGUUGUCGAUCUAUAUUCUUCAUAAUUUUUACCUUGUAUCUGGAAGAAAAAAGAAGAAGAAGAAUAAAGUUUCGAUUUUGCCGAA